CCAUCUCAAUACCACGUUAAUGCAGAGGAUGUAUAUCUCGUAGAUAAGUCUGAUGGCAAUAUUUUUAUGGAAGACUGAAACCGUAUCUGCAUUAGUCACCGGGAUAGACAGAGGGACGACAUCGUGUAUGAAGGCUCAUGACAGUGUGAAGAUAGCCGUGGAGAAAGGCGACUUCGGGUACAUCACAUCAUUAGAAUACCCAGAAAAUUACACUGUCAAUCAUUACCAUGGUCACGCAUGUAACGUGGACAUUAGGGCGUGUUCUACAUGUAGGCUGCGCCUCCAACUCGUGGACGUUCAUUUUCCAGAGUGUCCUGCGCACAGGAAGACAAGACACCGAAACUUGUGUCUGCCUGGUUGCGACCAUGUACAAAUCCACGAAAUAGACAAACCUUAUAACGGCCGCUAUCGACGGAACUACCACAAUGACGACACAAACGCCACAUAUGAAUCAAUAUCAUCAAACGUCCGGAUACGUCAUUGUAUGUCUAAUGGGACAGGCGAGACGGGCAAGAGGUUCCGGAUCAAAUACCAGGUAAUUGAGAAGCGAGAGAUGAGGACCGGGUCUGUGUCAUCCGUGUCGUCAGAUCCGGUUGAUGGGGGACACAUCACGUCACCAAACUUUCCCAAUGGCUAUGCUCUCAACGAAGAGACAUUCACCUACACCAUCCACAACCUUGACCCCUAUGGUCAUAUCCGGUUGACAUUUGAUGAUUGGCACAUUGCAAGCGUCAGUCAGAUACAGAUAUACGACGGUUUACACGCCUCAUCACCAUCCAUGGUGUUCAGCAAACAGCAGCGCCCCCUACUGGUGUCGGAAUCCAACACCGUCAUUGUCGUAUUCAAUACGGGCAAGUCUACACACAGAUGUUGUCAGCAUAUCGGUUUCAAAGCCACGUACCAGUUCGUAUCCGAAAAGAGAUGGGACAAGAAACCAAGUACCAAUUGUAGUUCUUUCGUCCCGGCUAAGACAGGGGGGAAGUUGGAGAUGACCCACGCCCUGCCCUCCCUCCCAGGAGUCUACGAUUGUAUCUGGAUCAUAAAGAGACCGCCUAGUAAGAACAUGGAAGGAAUGCUGUUGAGGCUGACAGACUACUCUCUAGGCGAUGGAUGGCUUGACUUUGGCAGUAACACUCUAGAUAUACACGACGGCCUUACAUCAGUUAGUCCCCAAGUCACUCGAUAUAUAUCCACCAACCUUACAACGGGCACAUGGUUGACUAGUAAGGAAGGGUUCUAUAUCCGGAUAAGGGGAACGUUUUAUCCGGAAGAUAGUCUUACAUUCGUGUACACGGCGGUGGAUAAUGUCACUGACGAUGGCUGUCCCAAGAAGGCUGACUAUUUGUGUAGUAACCUGUGGUGUAUAGAUCGUCAUCUUACUUGUGACGGGGUGGAUCACUGUGGAGACAACUCAGACGAGAGUCCUGAACCAAUGUGCUCCAUAUCAAAGUUAUGGAAAAUUGAGCUAGGCUGGUCGUUACCACCAGAACCGUCCACAACAAUGGAUCCGUGUUCAGGAGGGUUUCACUGCCGGAAUAACUACCUGUGUAUCCCGAUGUCAAAUAUCUGUGAUGGUGUGUACGAUUGUGACGACCGAUCUGACGAAAUUUAUUGUGCCUACUACCGCGAGGCCCAAGCACUGAACAGUGUACGAAGUCAUCUUUAUCUUAACACAAGUUAUUUAGUUAUGUUAUGUUUAAUGUUACAAAUUAUUUACACGAAGUUAUUAUGA